CUCCCUCCCUCCCUCCCUUCCUUCCCUCGCUCUUUCCCUCGCUCUUUCCCUCCUUCCAUUCCUCCUCCGCGACGGGGGCGCGACCCCUCAGGGCCCAGCUCGCGCCUCAGGGCGGGAAGGCGGCCCAGCGCCGAGCCCACCCCGCGGGGAGCGGAGGCCCGGCCCGGCCCGGCCCGGCGGGAGCGGGAGAGGGGGGGGAUCCCGGCGCGGCGGCACCGUGCCCGGGCGGAGCGUGCAGCAGCCGGACCGUCCCCCCGCAGCCGCCUUUCCGCUGCCGCGGCCCCAUGGACGCCAACCUGCGGUUCUGGAGGGCAGAGGGACAGUCUUUUUUCCAGAGGUUUCUUCUCUGGGCGGACGUCUUGGAUCCGCUGCUGCUCCUGAAAUCCGCCGAUGAAAUAAGAACCACCAGGUUACUCAUACAAAACAGUGGGAAGACCCUAAAUGAGCCCAUACAGAAUGAUGAGACAAGACAAGCCUUCCUGCUAAGCCUGUCCAGUGUACAUCCUGAUACAGAUAAGAUAAUUCCUCAUAUUUUUAGACCUCCAGCUUUCCUGCCCAUAUGUCUUCCAUUGGUUAUUGUUUCAUCUCUUCAGGUCCAGGCAAAGCAAACUUUUUUUUGUCAGUUCGUGUUGCACACAUAUACCACAGGGUUCACUCUAUUCAAUGGAAAUGGUACCGCCAAGGCUGAAGAGUACUCCGUUCAACAAAAGCAGGUCGUCUGUGGCUUGGGAGCCAUUUCCUAUGCAGCAUGUAUUGGUGCUUUUCCUCUUUUCUUCAUGAAUCGUUACACAUUGAAGAAUUCGUUAAUGCAACUAGUCGUCAGAAAACUUCUACCUGCUCCUCUGCUUGGUUUGAUGAGUGCGUUUACUGUGGCAGUGGUGAGAAGCCCAGAAUUUGAGAAUGGAAUUGAAGUGAUGGACAGGAAUGGCAAGGUUGUAGGAGUGUCACAGAAGGCUGGUGAGAAGGCUGUUAAAGAAACAGCAUUGUCGAGAGCAGUCUUGUUUGGGACCGCAUUCUUCCUGCCAGCUGUGAUUACGUACUUUUUGGAAAGAAAAAAAUUUGCAAAAACUCCCCGUGCUUUGGCUUCAGUGAGAAUGUUUGCAUUUACGUCGGUACUAGCAGGGAUGCUACCAGUUUCACUUAGUAUGUUCCCGCAGUGUGGGGAGAUAAAGCGAGCGGACCUUGAGCCGGAAAUUCUGUCAUCUACAGAAGAAACAGAGUUAUUCUACAAUAGGGGAAUUUAGAGAUUGGCUUUAAUAUAUCGGUGUGUGUUCUGAUUGAAGUGAAUUCUGAAUGCAUCAACAAAUUCAACUGGUAUAUGUGACUGAAUCGUGACUCUGUGGUGGUGUACAUACCAGAUUUGAUGUACAAUGGUGCAGUCUGUAAAGAGGCAGACUUUGCAAAAUGAUUUUGGAAGCCCCAGCUCACAGGCAGAUAUGUACACAUAACUUAAUGCUGUAAGUGAUAUUUGUAUUAAAAGACUAUUGAAUACAAAA